AUGGCGCCUUCUAUCUACAUCGACGAGGACGUCGGCGUCGACGACGCCACCGCGACCGGUUCCGAGACCGCUCCUUACAAGACUCUCGUGCACGCCUUUGUGCAGCACGCGCCCACCACCGAGGGUAUCCAGUAUCUUACCCGCAAGUCUCAGACUGAUGCUGCCGGCGAGGAUGUCGACCCCGCCGCCAAGCUGGAGUGGAAGCCCGCCACCAAGUCUGCCAUGAAGAAGGCCACCAACCUGUACGAGCAGCGCAAGAAGAAGGCCGCCAAGGAGCACGAGCUGGCUAUCCGCGAGAAGGCCGAGGCCGAUAAGCGCCAGAAGGUCCUCGAGGAGGCUAAGAAGAUCGUAAUCAAGGAGGAUACCUCGCUGCCCAAGCCUGUGCGCAUUCGUCUGGAUGUCACCGACCCCGCCAUCGUCAAGCUGCGCGCCCCCGGCUCCGACGAGCCUGGUACCCGUGUUCGCGUCCUCGGUCGUGUUCACCGUGCUCGUGCCCAGAAGGAUGUCGUCUUCAUUACCCUGACCGACGGCUAUGGCUACCUGCAGUGCAUUCUGACCGGCGAUAUGGUCAAGACCUACGACAUCAUGACUCUGACCCUCGAGACCUCCAUGGUCAUCCACGGUGAGAUGCGCGCCGUCCCCGCCGGAGCCCACGCUCCUAACGGCCGUGAGCUGCACGCCGAUUUCUUUUCCAUUAUCGGCCGCGCUGCCGGUGACAAGGAGGCAAUUACCACCCGUGUCGCCCCCGAUGCCGACCCUCAGACCCUUUACGACAACCGCCACCUGGUCCUCCGUGGUGAGACUUCCUCCUCCGUGAUGAAGGUGCGCUCUGCCGUCCUGCGCGCUUUCCGCAAGUCGUUCGAGGCCAACCGCAUGCUGGAGGUGACCCCUCCCGCCAUGGUUCAGACCCAAGUCGAGGGCGGAUCGACUUUGUUUGCAUUUGAUUACUAUGGCGAGAACGCCUAUCUCACACAGUCCUCCCAACUGUACCUAGAGACCUGUCUCCCCUCCCUGGGUGAUGUGUAUUGCGUCUGCCCGUCUUUCCGCGCAGAGAAGUCUCUGACCCGCCGUCACUUGUCCGAGUACACUCAUAUCGAAGCCGAGCUCGAUUUCAUCGUCUUCAACGACCUCCUGGACCACCUGGAGGAGAUGAUCUGCCGCGUCAUCAACUACACCCUCGCAGAGCCCGAAAUCGCCAACUACAUCAAGACUCUCAACCCGGACUUCACGCCCCCGAGCCGUCCUUUCCGCCGCAUGAAGUACUCCGAUGCCAUUGACUGGCUCGUUGAGCACAACAUCCCCAACGAGGAGGGUGAGCCCCACAAGUUCGGCGACGAUAUCGCCGAGGCCGCGGAGCGCAAGAUGACCGAUAUCAUCAACACUCCUAUCUUCCUCACUCACUUCCCCGCGGAGAUCAAGGCCUUCUACAUGAAGAAGGAUCCUGAGGAUCGUCGCGUUACUGAGAGUGUUGACGUACUCAUGCCUGGUGUUGGCGAGAUCGUUGGUGGAAGUAUGCGUAUGGAUGACUGGGAUGAGCUGAUGGCUGCUUACAAGCAUGAGGGCAUGGACCCUAAGCCUUACUACUGGUACACCGACCAGCGCAAGUACGGUACCUCCCCCCACGGAGGCUACGGUCUCGGUCUGGAGCGUUUCCUCGCCUGGCUGUGCGGUCGCUACACUGUCCGUGAUUGCUCGCUGUAUCCCCGUUUCACCAACCGUUGCACCCCGUAA